UUCAAAGCAAAGCAUCAAACAAAAGAUGUCUAGUUUUGAGGCUUUGAAUGUUAACAAUGAUCAUCAGAUUCAUGUGAUCAUGUUUCCAUUCCUUGCAUUUGGUCACAUAAGUCCUUUUGUUCAAUUAUCCAACAAGCUAUUCUCUAAUGGAAUUCACAUCACAUUCUUGUCAGCUUCAUCAAAUAUUCAUAGAAUCAAAACAACUCUUAAUCUCAAUCCAUCCAUCAACAUUAUUCCACUUCAGUUCCCAAAUGGCAUAACCAGCACUGCUGAAUUACCACCUGAUUUGGCUGGAAAUUUAAUCCAUGCACUUGACCUUACUCAACCUCAAAUCAAGUCUCUUUUGUUAGAACUCAAACCACAUUAUAUUUUCUUUGACUUUGCACAAAACUGGCUUCCAAAAUUAGCUUCUGAAGUUGGUGUCAAAUCUGUUCAUUUCUCAGUUUACUCUGCUAUAUCAGAUUCUUACAUUACUGUUCCUUCAAGACUUGAUGAUAUUGAAGGAAGAACCAUCACUUUUGAAGAUCUUAAGAAACCUCCAAAAGGGUAUCCUCAAAAAAACAAUAUCUCCCUCAAGACCUUUGAAGCCAUGGAUUUCAUGUUCUUGUUUACAAGAUUUGGCGACGGUUUAACCGGUUAUGAACGAGUUAUGCAGAGUCUUAGUGAAUGUUCCUAUGUAGCUUUUAAAUCAUGUAAGGAAAUUGAAGGACCUUAUAUAGAUUACAUUGAAAAACAGUUUGGAAAACAGGUUCUGUUAACUGGUCCAUUAGUUCCAGAGCCAUCAAAAGAAGUGUUAGAAGAAAAAUGGUUAAAAUGGUUGGAUAAUUUUCCAUCUAAAUCAGUCAUAUUUUGUUCAUUUGGAAGUGAGACAUUUCUAAAUAAUGAACAAAUCAAUGAACUAUCAACUGGGUUGGAACUCACUGGUUUACCAUUCAUUUUGGUUCUAAACUUUCCAUCAAACCUGUGUGCAAAAACUGAGUUGGAAAGAGCAUUGCCAAAAGGGUUUAUAGAAAGAGUGAAAGAUAGAGGAAUUGUUCACACUGGUUGGUUGCAACAACAGCUUAUUCUGAAACACAAUAGUGUUGGAUGCUAUGUUUGUCAUGGUGGAUUUAGUUCUGUGAUUGAAGCUAUAGUCAAUGAUUGUCAACUUGUGCUAUUACCUUUGAAAGGUGACCAGUUUUUCAAUUCUAAGCUUAUUGCUAAUGAUUUGGAGGUAGGGAUAGAGGUGAAUAGGAAGGAAGAAGAUGGAUAUUUUUAUAAAGAGGAUAUUGUGAAAGCUUUGAAAAUUAUGAUGGUGGAUUAUGAGAAAGAGCCAGGGAAAAGUAUAAGAGAAAAUCACAUGAAAUGGAGUAAGUUUAUGUUAAAUAAAGAAAUUCAGAAUAAAUUUAUCAUUGAUCUUGUUGAACAGUUGAAGUCUUUGGCUUAGUAUUAAUCCACUUUCUCAUGAUGGAAAAUAAGGUCUUUUGUGCAUGUAUGUAUUUCUUUUACCUUUUUAGUUUCAGGCUGCAGCACCUAUUGUUGUUGUAAAUUGUAAUAAAACAAGUUGAUGCAUAAGAGUUUCAAUAUCAU